GCAAGGAGUAGGAUGGGCAACAGCUGGGGAAGAGGAGGCGGAGAACACAUUCGGGUCAUCGACGUCAACGCAGCCGAAGCUAACGCAACACGGGGCUUUCGGCACAAUCGAAUUCAGACGUACAAGUACACAGCGCUCACCUUUCUCCCUCUCAACCUCUACGAACAGUUUGGUCGCAUUGCUAAUGUCUACUUUCUCCUCAUCGCCAUUCUCCAACAAAUCCCAGGUGUCUCUCCUCUUGGUUCGGGUACGACUGCUUUGACUCUGGCUGUUGUUCUUGGCUUUACCGCCGUCAAAGAAGCUCUGGAAGAUUGGCAUCGUCAUCGGAACGAUGACGGCGUCAACAACCGUCACACUACCGUUCUUCGCAAUGGCAUCGAGCUCGAAGUCACCUGGCGCGAGGUCGUCGUCGGUGACAUUGUCCGAUGCAUUGACAAAGAGUUUUUCCCUGCUGAUCUGCUCCUCCUCGCCUCGUCCGGGCCGCAAGGCAUGUGCUACAUCGAGACGUCCAACCUCGACGGCGAGACCAACCUCAAGAUCCGCCAAGCCCUGCCUGCCACUGCUGAGCUGUAUGGCGAGAUCUCGCAUCUGCGGGGCGCCUUGCGCUGUGACCCGCCCAAUGCGGCCAUGUACUCGUUCUCCGGCGAGCUCGCGCUCAACUCGGUCGCCUCGGGCACGCUUCGCGUCUCCAACAAGCAGAUUCUGCUCCGCGAGUCGCAGCUCCGCAACACUCGCUGGGUCUACGGCCUCGUCGUCUACACCGGCCAGGACACCAAGAUCAUGAAGUCGUCGAACAAGGUCCGCCUCAAGAAGUCCAACGUCGAGCGGGUGACCAACACCCUCAUCGUCCUCGUCUUUCUCUUUGAGCUCCUCCUCUGCAUCAUCUGCGCCGUCGGCAACGGCAUCUGGCUCACAACCUCCAAGGACGACGCCACCUACCUCAUGCUCGGCUCGGUCUCGCCGGCCUCGGAAGGCGCACUCUCCUUCCUCACUUUUCUCAUUCUCUUCUCUAACCUCAUCCCCAUCUCGCUCUACGUCUCCAUGGAGACUGUCAAGUUUGGCCAGUCCAAGCUCAUCGACCAGGACGUCUCCAUGUACUACGGCGAGAAGGACAUCCCGUGCAUUUCACGGACCUCGAACCUCAACGAGGAGCUCGGCCAGGUCGAGUACAUCUUCUCCGACAAGACCGGCACGCUGACCUGCAACCUGAUGGAGUUCAAGAAGCUGACCAUCGGCGGCCGCGCCUACGGCGAGGGCACCGCUACCUACGCCGCGCCCGCAGACACCCUCCCGCCGCUGCCGGAUCCGCACCCUGCCGCCCACCCGCUGCCGGGCCUCACCGACCUCGCCUCGGCCCCAUUUGUCGCCUCCACCCCUGUCCCGCACGUCUGCUUUGUCGACGAGGACGAGCGCCUUGUCCACGCCGCCGCCUCUCCCGAGCUCGGGCGCAUCACCGAAGAGUUCUUCACCCUCCUCGGCGUGUGCCACACCGUCAUCCCCGAGGCUGCGCCCGACGCUCCCGGUGGCCUCGUUUACCAGGCCGCCUCGCCCGACGAGGGCGCCCUCGUCAACGCUGCCGCCGCUUUUGGCUGGCGCUUCAUCGCCCGCACCCCUUCCACCGUCACCGUCCGCAUCUACGACGCCACCGAGCGCGUGUACGACGUUCUCCACGUCAACGCCUUCAACUCGACCCGCAAGCGCAUGUCCGUCGUUGUCCGCACUCCCGACGACCGCAUCAUGCUCUACUGCAAGGGCGCAGACACCAUGAUCUACGACCUCCUCGCCGAGGGCGACGCCAUCAACUCGGCUACUGCAAACGUGACCCAGGCCCACCUCGACGCCUAUGCCAAGGACGGUCUUCGGACGCUUGUCUGCGCCGUCCGCGAGCUCGACCCUACCGAGUACGAGCCCUGGCAGGCCCGCGUAGACGCCGCGCUCGAACUCGAGGACAAGGCCCGCAAGUCUGAGCUUGCUGACCUCGCUGCAGAGAUCGAGCAGAACCUCACCCUCGUCGGCGCCACCGCCAUCGAAGACAAGCUGCAGGAUCAGGUUCCUGACACCAUUGCCUCGCUCCGCGAGGCCGGCAUCAAGGUCUGGGUUCUCACCGGCGACAAGCAGGAGACCGCCAUCAUGAUUGGCAAGUCGUGCAAGCUCCUCGACGAAGACAUGCGUCUGUUUGUUGUCAACGCUGGCUCUGAGGACGACGAUACGCUUCUCAGCCACGCUGACCUCCUCGCCCUCCUCGAGCGCUACCUCGACGAGCUCGGUUCUGCGCUAACCACUCGGUCAUCGUCGGGCGCCGCGUCGCGUGAGUACGCCUGCGUCGUCCACAACCUCACCUCAACGCUUUCGGCCAAGCUCCUCGAGCUGACCACUGCGUGCAAGUCGGUCAUCGGCUGCCGCGUCUCGCCCGCCCAAAAGGCGCAGGUCGUCAAGUUCGUCCAGGAUGCGCUCGACCCAGUGACCCUCUCCAUUGGCGACGGUGCCAACGACGUCGACAUGAUCAAGGAGGCCCACAUCGGCGUCGGCAUCAAUGGCGAGGAAGGCGGCCAGGCCGCUCUCUCCGCCGACUACGCCAUCGGUCAGUUCAAGUACCUCAAGCCGCUGCUUCUCGUCCACGGCCACUGGUGCUACCACCGCAUCGCCAAGCUCAUCUUCUACUCGUUCUACAAGAACAUCGCCCUCGCGCUCACCUUUGUGGAGAAGUGGACCUUCUCGCUGUACAACGUCUCGUACACCGCGCUCCCCAUCCUCAUUGUCGGCCUCUACGACCAGUGCCUGCCUCGUGCGGUGCUUCUCGCUCAGCCGCGCCUCUACCGAACCGGCCCAGCUAACCGGUUUUUCUCCAUCCGCGGCUUUUGUGGCUGGCUCCUCGCCUCGCUCUAUCACUCGCUCAUCUUCUACUACCUCGGCGAGGCCGCCGUCGGCCAAGGCGCCGUCGACUCGUCGGGCCAGACCGCUGGACUCUACUACAACGGCCUUGUCAUCAUGUCGUGCAUCGUCGUCACCGUCACCGUCAAGCUCUGCUUCGAGACCAACACCUUUUCCUGGCUCAACUGGCUUGCCCUUGCCCUCAACGGCGGUGGCUACUUUCUGUACAUCCUCCUCUUCUCCUUCAUGGGUCCGGUCUUCUCCGACCUCUGGUCCAUGUACUACGUCGCCCCGUACAUGUUUGCCGCCCCGCGCUUCUGGUUUACCCUCAUCCUCAUCCCGGUCAUCGCCCUCAUCCCGGAUGUCACGUUCAAGUUUGUUCGUCGCUGGUUCGCUCCCGAGCCGUACGUCAUUGUCCAGGAGCAGUUCAAGCUCGGCCUCCUUGCGGGCUCGGACUCUGACUCGCCUGAAGGCGACUACCGCGCCGCCGCCACUCCGCUGCUCCCGGUCUCUGGUCGCACCGCCGCUUCGACGCCCUGGCCGGCCUCGCGCUUCAACAAGGAUCGCGAGUCGUCGUACGCCUACGACGGCGCGCCCGAGGAGCAUGUCCGCUACAUCAUGGAGGGUCUCGAGGCUGCCCAUGCCUCGCCGCCCAAGCACACUGCUGCUCCCCUUUCCGCAAACCCCAACGUCCUCGCCCGCAAGUCGCCGCGUCCUAGCGAGGUCUGGGAAGCUGCCGCCGGAGUCCAGGCCGUUGAUAUUCCCCAGGACCAUGGCCACAACGACCCCCGCUCCAAAGAAUGGGCCGAAGAGCCUGAUCGGUAA